UUUCAACACAAAGCUAUUAUCCGAUAGAUAUAAAAGGCAGGAUGAUUCUUUCGUGAUGAUUAUCAUUUAGAUUUGCAUUACAUAGAAUAACAUCUAAAAAAUCUAACUAUGAAAUUCAUCAUAAUCGCUUCAUUUUUUGUUCUUGGAGUGGCCAAUAUUAUUGAAGCAAAUAAUGGGGAAAAUCAGCGAACGCUGGAAUCACCUUGCUUGUCACCACUUGGAUUAGGAGGAGUUGGGCUGAAUUUGCCAGGACUUGAAGCAGGACUUGGUGGUUUAGGUCUUCCGGGAGUCGGAGCUGGUUUGCCAGGACUUAAUGGUUUAGGUCUUCCGGGAGUCGGAGCUGGUUUGCCAGGACUUAAUGGUUUAGGUCUUCCGGGAGUCGGAGCUGGUUUGCCAGGACUUAAUGGUUUAGGUCUUCCGGGAGUCGGAGCUGGUUUGCCAGGACUUAAUGGUUUAGGUCUUCCGGGACUCGGAGCUGGUUUGCCAGGACUUGGUGGUUUAGGCCUUCCGGGAGUCGGAGCUGGUUUGCCAGGAUUCGUGGAUCCAACACUUCCAAUUUUUCGAAAAGACCAACAACAGGCAGCCACAACAAAAUAGGCUAAUAAAAGCCAAAACUGAUUAUUAUAACCUUAUGUGAGAAGAUAACAUUAAAGAUUGAUUAUAUUUUGUUUGUUUGUUGACGACAAAUAAUAAAUAAAAACUGUUUCAGACUCAA